UUGUUCAAGACGAUGAUGUUUAUUCUUGGAAAUGCAUCUAAAAAUCGGUUUAUCUUACGUUUGAGUUAUUUUAAGUAUCAACAAUACAGCCGCAACAAUAGGUGGCGCCAAAUACGUGUAAAACGAGUUUACCCUUAUGAUUAGGACUGAAGCAACCAUUCCGGUUAAAAAUGCUAACAGUCAUAAAAAACUCGUCUAUUUUUUCUCUCUUAGAAGUGGAAUUUUAUUGUAGUCUUGCAAUCUGCUUAUGUUAAUAAAAUGUUGGUAGGCUACAUGGGUCCACAUUGAGCUUUCGUCAUGUUGGUUAAAGUUCAGUAUCAAGGUGUGAAGAAAUUUAUAAAAUUGCUUAACGAUUUUAUAUUCCAACAUUUUCUCAGUGAAGUUAAAAGCAAAUUCGGGCUUGCUAGAACUGCAGUUCUUCAAGUCUUUGAUGACACGGACACCAGUGUGGAGUACGACAUCUUCCAAGAAUUGAUUGAAGCCAGUCCAAAUUUAUGCUUAACUAUAAGAUGUCUGGAAGAAAUUUCUGCUGGCCUGCCUGGGUCUCUUCCACUGACCAUGAGGAAAGAGACCCAGCAAUUUCCUUCCUUGUCCAUACAGCUGAUGAAGUUGACGUUAUGCAAAAGAUGAAGGAAACUUUCAAGCAUAGACAAGAACUUGUACACAACUCUGGAAGAUCAGCUGACAUCCUUAAUAUCUUUCCAAGAUUUUUGGAUGCGAAAGGAUUGGUAAAUCAGGACUUUGCUCUGCUGUUCAAUGCCGAAACAUCCAACAAGUUGCUUGAGAGGUGGGAGACGGCAUUCAAGCAUAAGGUCAUCAAUGAAGCCAAAUCUCUUACUUCUACAGCAGAAAUCCUGUGUCUUCUCAGUGCAGCAGAGGGCCAAGGAUCGGAAAAUGACUGGGACAGUGAUAUGUCAUCUAUCCUGCUACUGGUGCAUCUCUUGCCACCUUCUCCAGGGAGGAAGAAGACUAAGAUCAGUCCAACAGAGGCAGUUGAUAGACUUGUGCAUUUUCAUAAGUCUUGCACCAGUAUUGAAACCCAUCUCAGUGAAAGGGAGGGCUGCCAGCUAUACCUACUUGGAUUAGGAAGGUUCAAGGGCAGAAUCGAGAAAUUCUAUGUGGUUGUGUACACAUUAAAGCCAAAACUCUAAGGUUCUACAGACCUUUUGAUUAUUAAAGCCAAUGCUCUAAGGUUCUACAGGCCUUUUGAUCUACAGCGUCCAUAUGGGUCAGACGGUGAAUAUGUUGUUCCUUCAUUUAUGUUGGUUUGACAUGUUUAUUUGUUCAAAAUAAAAGAUCAAACUGAGACAGU